AUGUAGUAAGAAUAGAUACCGCAAUAAUAGAAUGUCACCCCCAAAAAGCAUUAAUUAGCAACGCCAACCAAAGACAAAAAGCAAAAUAAAACUAAUCAAUCUACUACAAUAUAAUCCCCCUAGAAUAAUGACUUUUAUUCUCCAAAAAAUCUCAAUCCUUGGAAAACACCCAAAUCCUUAUUAAAAAGCAAUCACAAAUAAAGCACUCCUGAUCAUUCAAUACUAGCAUCACCCUACAGCGAUAGAUACAUCCCAUUAAAUGUUUCAAGAAAUUUAUUCAAUAAGCAAAUAUAGCCAUUUGAAAUCGAGGAGGAGAACUAAUACGAGGAACUUUUGAGUGAGAACGUCUUGGAAAUUGAUGAGAAUAAACAUGUGAGCAUUUUGAAUUUCACUAAAUAAAAACACGACAAAGUUCAAUCUGCUAAACAACUUGAAACACCAAAAAGAAAAAUAGAUACCCUGCCAAUAAAAGUGUUGGAUGCACCUGGUUUAGAAGACGAUUUCUACUAAGACACACUCCAUUGGGGAAAGAAUAAUCUAAUUGCAGUAGGUUUAUAAAGAUGUGUCUAUUUAUAUAAUGUGGACAAUUCCAAAGUGUUUCAAUUGGCAGAACCAAUGGAUAAUAAUGAACUAUCAGCAUAUUAUACAUCUUUGCAAUGGAACACAAAUGGGUAAAUGUUGGCCAUAGGAUGUUGCGAUGGUUCUUUAAAACUCUGGGAUUACAAUAAAAAUACCUUCAGUGGUUCUAUGAAUAUAUCGAAUAAAAGAAUCAGCACAAUUAGUUGGGCCAAUCCUAAUAUCUUUGCAUAUGGCAGUAAGGAUAAAGCAAUCAAUAUUUGCGAUGUUAGAGUUCCCAACUAUUCAAUAUUUUAAUUGCUCGGACACACUUAAGAAGUAUGCGGAGUCACCUUCGAUGGAAAUGAACUCUAAUUAGCUUCUGGUGGUAAUGAUAAUAAAGUAUUUGUUUGGUAAAUGAGAGGAGGCAACAGUAACAGUAAUAACCAAUAUAUAUCUUGGGAAAUCAAAUCUCAUAAGGCUGCAAUAAGAGCUUUGGCUUGGAAUCCUAAUUCAUGUGGUAUCUUGGCUACUGGUGGUGGAAAUUAAGAUAAAACCAUUAAAAUUCAUAGUUCUCACACGAAUUAGUAAAUUGCAAGUAUCAAUUGCGAUUCGCAAGUCUGCAAAUUGAGAUUUUCUAAGAUUGUUAAUGAAUUGGUUUCUACUCAUGGUUACGAAAAGAAUUUAGUCUGUCUAUGGCAAUAUCCGACGAUGAAAAGAAUUCAUUAAUUAGAAGGUCAUUCUGAAAGAGUGCUUUAUUUGUCUGCAAGUCCAGAUGAAUCAACUAUUCUGACAGGAUCUGGAGAUGAGACGCUUAAAUUCUGGAAAAUCUUUCCUACUUAGGUUUCAAAUAAUAUGUCCUCACUAUUUUCCAUGUGUGAAAUUAGAUGA